UUUUGGUAGGCUGAGCACUAAUUAAAUUGGGCACGGGUAGCCAUUUUAGCCAUGCCGUGUUACACUACACCCAAUUUAUUGGCACGGCACGGCUAAAAUAGUUACCCGUGCCCAAUUGUAUUGGUGCUCAGGCUACCAAAACAAAGGCCAAGCACAGAUGAAAUGGGCACGAUUACCUAGUGUAAACGGGGCUUUAAGUAAGCCAGAUUUUUGCACAUGUUCCUGCCGGCUUUUUUUCUGGCUGCGGCUUGUUCUUCCAAAUAUUUCUAUCACACAGCGUGUUUUCCAUUUUGCGAUUUGAUAUUCAACUCAUUUUGCUCGAAAGUGCGAAUUAUAGAAACACAGCGAGGGGAGACGUCAUGCAGACAAUCAAUCACAAAUAUCGCUUUUACGUCAAUACAAACCAUGAGGUGCAAGCAUAAAAACCUUAACAGCAUAUGAACGGAUGAAUCACUGCAUGAAAAUCGGUUUUCGUAAGGAUUUCCAAUUCCAACAGUUCGCUAGCGAAAUAUAUUUACAUAUAUUUUUUUGAAUAAUUACGGAAAGAAAUUCGUUCACCCUGAGAGUAUCGUUUCAAAUUAAAAAUGCAAAUAUUUUGCGAGCCAAUCAUUUCACCGCCGGUGGUUUGAGGGGAAACCCGGCCUAGCUGCUUCCAAGAAAGGAAGUGCAAAUCGAAAGUUGAAUUUUGCUUAUAUGUUUAAUAUAAAGGCUUAGCAACGGGCGACGGAAGAAUAAGAUAAAAGCAGCUACAAUGAACCAACUUAAUUUUUAAAAAGAUAACAUGGCAUAUUUCCUUGUACGUAUACUGUAUACAUAUAAUUACUAUUGUUAAACCGUAUGGAAUGCAACAUAAUACGUUUCACUUCCAAGAAAUGCGACAGGAAAUAAGAUUUAAAAGUUCAAGUUUGUAAACUCAAAUUAAGUUUGCCUCGUCAUGGGCGACGGAGAAUCCCACCAGUGCUGUAGUCAGGCAUUCUCCGAAUCAAACGACGAAUUUAUGAGCGGGAAACGAUGGCAGGAAUGUCGUGAACAAGUUUGCUUCGAUUAUGUUGUGAUUGGAUCAUCGUUUUGUGCGUGGGCCUUUACUCAUCGCAUCUUGUCGAACAACCCAGAAGCGAAAGUUCUUAUUCUCGAAUGCGGCGAAUAUCGUCGGGAGCACUUCGAAGACCAUGAACCCUCCGAAAAAAGGGAAUUGACAUAUUCCACAAAGACAUUUCCGUGGAAUAUUACGAGGAAAAUGCAGGAUGAAGAAUACAUCAAAGAUCUGGACGGGGUGAACAUUUUCUUUGGAGGGCAGUCGGCUUUUUGGCGCGGUUGGUGUCCCCAACCGACUAGAGAAGAUCUGGAUGGUUGGCCGGACAGUGUUAAAAAUGUUGUCGAAAAAUACUUUCCAGAAGCAGUUGAGCUUCUAAAUGUCAAGUCUGCAAAUACGAUUGGCAUGAAUGAGCACGUCAACGACAAUCGUGUUUUUGGCAAACUUCAAAACGUUCUUGUUGAAAGAAUUCAAUCGUGCCUACCAGAAGUUAGUCACGCCAUGCUUGCUAUUAGCCCGGAUAAAUCCAGAUGUGAACGCAUCCAAAAGACCACAGUUGCUGAUCCUUUGCUUGAACUGUUACGGAAAAAGAAAUUGGAAAUAAAAAUUAAUUGUGAGGUGAAGAAGAUAGUGCAUGAAAAUUGCAAUGCUGUAUCUCUUGAAACAAGCGAAGGAAACGUCAAGCUUGGAAACGCCAAACUCAUUCUGGCAAUGGGCGUACUUCCAGCAACUACUCUCAUGCUAAAUUCCUUUCCUCCGUCUUCUUUCAAGCCACUCUCUGGUAUUGGCAGCCGAUUCACGGCCCAUUUUAGGAGUUCUAUUCUCGCACGUGUUCCAUUUUGUAAGGAUUCGCGUCCCUGGAGCGUGUUUCACAAUCUUAAAGACGAAAUCGUGGGACGAUUCGAGGUAGCAGCCAUGCAUAUCCCGGGAACGAACCCGAAUCAAGAGGGUCACUUCCAUAUUCAACUUUCAGCAAUUCUAGACUGCACCCCACGUGACGACACUAAAACAACAGAACAUCAAUAUCCAGAUGUGCUGCCUGCGUUCUUGAUCAAGAAAGAAACCUCGUCUAAAGACCCGCCACAUUUACUUCUGGUUUGCAAAAUUAUCGGUGGGCUCGAUUAUCGAAAUGAAAAUAAUUGGUUUCGGCUCGACAGUGAAGUUCCUAGCAGUGAGGAAAUUGUUCGUGAUAAUCAUGCAGCUGCCACUUACAAUACCACCCUCCAAGCCGUGACUAAUGAGACGGACCUUCAACUCUGGAAUACUAUGGAGGAAUCCACUUUUGAAAUGCUUGAAAAUGCUUUUGCAAUGGGAGAAGAUUAUCCUGACGACCCAUGUCAGUUGGAGUUCUGGCAUGACCCCGAAGAAGGCUGGAAAAGGGAUCGCCCUCCUCCAGACAAAAUUCGUCGUAAUCGUUUGGUUCACCCGGCAUCGACUAUGUGGAUAGGUGAGUACGAUGAAUCAACGCCUGUUGAUUUGGAUUAUCGAUUCAGAGGUGUGGGAAAUGUGUAUCUCACCGGAGGUGCCCUUUGGCCAGUUGCCGGUUCGUUGAACCCAACCUGCAUAAUGGCUGCCUUAGCCAUGAAUCUAGCUGACAAACUCCUUAAUUAACAUUGACCGCACGCAGAACAGAGCAAAGUUAUAAAGUGUUUUCUGAUCGUACGCAAUUAUUUUAUUCAUUUUUUACGUUUAACUUUAGCGGGCGAAAUAGGGACAAAAGCAAAACGAUUAAAGUUAAAUUAGCAUGUUUUAAGUUUUUAACCGCCUGCACUUAGUAUAUUACUGAACGAAUUUUAAGCAAUUUUCACAACACGAGCUGCAGUAUUGUAUUGAAUAUACAGAGUGUCCUAAAAAAAUUUCUCCUCUAUUGAAAUCAGGCCUUUGUUCAGUAGAAUCUGACUGCCUUAAUAUUAUCAUAAACCCAAUUGAAAGCAAGACGCUUUAUUUGAAUGCUUUAACCUAAUAACUAUGCUAUUUAGACACUACUGAGUUGAUCAUGCAUUCAAAUUCCAACAAAAGCUUCAUUUCAGUAGGCGGGACUUUUUUGGAGGGACACCCUGUACAAUACCCUAAAUUUUUGAAAUGAAUUUGUAAUAAAUAAGAUUUUAAUAAAUAUGCAAUUCAGUUACACUUCCUCAUUAAACUUCCUUACCUGCCCAAAUAUUGACAAACGUUAUGUGAACACAUUUCGAGCAUGGUCCCAAGUUCGACCGCGGUCCAGUGUGAACGCGGGCUUCCGACACUAGGAAGUUUACGAUUCACGACGCGGCCAGCUGGACGACGCGUUUGGAAAACCAAGAAACUCCACACGCGAGACAAUAUAGCUAUACAUCAGUAAAUUGUGGUCCAAU